GCCCUAUUUGUUUCUCACUGUUCUUCUUUCAAACUCUCUCUCUCUCUUAGGUUUCUCUCUCUCUUCACCGAACCCAAUCGAAUCAAGGGGGGAGGGGAGGAGGGGUGUUUGUUUCUCGAGAAUCCGAAAAAGAUUUUGAAUCGGCUUCUGUUUUCAACCGCCCUGCUUCGUUUGGGAGGUGCCAUAAUUCUUGUUGAUAUUUUUAAGGCUUCAACAUGCCAAAGGAGAGAAGAGAUCGUUCCAUGUCUCAUGAUAAGUACAGGGCUUCGCCUUUUUCAUGCAGCUCUAGUUGUGCAAGACGAUCACCCAGAAUUCCUUUAGCAACUGAGGAAAGUUUAAAAGAAUGGGAAGAUGCUAGGUGCCCUGUCUGCAUGGAACAUCCUCACAAUGCAGUUCUACUAAUCUGUUCAUCGCAUGAGAAGGGAUGUCGCCCAUAUAUGUGUGACACAAGCUAUCGCCACUCAAACUGCCUUGACCAGUUCCGGAAGUCAUCUGCAGAAACCUCAUCAACAACUCCAGUACAUGAAGACACUCAACAGGAAGACACUCCACCAUCAGCCACACCUUUGUCUCCUACUGAGACUUCAGAAUCAACAGUUACCGAGGUGCAAGAAGAAACAAUCGAGGAAGGGCACCCAACCUUGCAGCCCAGUUCCUGUGAGAAUCAGGAGCAGCCAAAGUUACUGUGCCCCCUUUGCCGUGGACAGAUAAAAGACUGGAUUGUUGUGGAGCCUGCUCGCCGUUUCAUGAAUGGAAAAUCAAGAAGCUGUUCCUGUGAGACAUGUAAUUUCAGUGGAACCUAUACAGAUCUCAGGAAGCAUGCUAGGAUUGAGCACCCCCUUGUGCGCCCAUCGGAGGCUGACCCAGAACGUCAGCGUAAUUGGAGGAGGUUGGAGCGACAGAGGGACCUUGGGGACUUGAUCAGCACACUAUCCUCUUCAUUUGGAGAGGAGAGGGGGGCUGAUGACAACAUUUUGCCCAUUGAUGAAGGAGGUUGGUUGACUGUAUUUUUUCUCAUUCGAGUUUUCCGACCUGGUUCUGGUUCAAGAAGCAGCAGCCGGUCUGGUACCUUAAGAACAAGAACACAAAUGAACAUCAGAAGGAGAUCUACUGGACUUUGGGGGGAGAGUUAUGAAGGUGAAACUGGGUCUUCUUCCAGAGAUGAUGACAAUGACUCUUCUGAUGGUGGCUCAACUUGGAGGCGCCGCUUGAGGCGGAGGACAACCCCAGACGAACAGCCGUGAUUGCAGAACUUUGAGGAAUCCAUCUGAUUGUCUUUGCUUCAAGGUUUCAAGAGUGGACAAAAGGGAAGAAUUGGAGGUGCUUCACUUCCACACAGUGGAUCCUGUUCCAUGCUUUGUGGGACGGUUUUGAUUUGAAGUUGCUGGAAAGUUAUUUAAAGAGUGAUCAAAUUGUAAUUUAUUCAGAAACUUUUAAUUAAAUUAUACUUCUUUCUCUAGCAGCUACUUCCAUCUUGCCUUUGUUGUUGCAGUUAUAUCAAAGUUUCUCUUUGAACAAUCAAGCUUGUAACAAAUUUCCUAAUCGCUGCUUUCAGAUGAGUGAAACUUGGGCUGUUGCUAGUUACCAUUACUCAGCAGUAGCUCAGGUGUUAUUGUCCA